AAAUGUAACAUUUGUUCCUCAGGUGCGCUAUCGGUUCGGAGAGAGCUCUUCCAACCUACUGAACGGUGCUUUAAUUUGCUGCUCGCAUUUGAAGAAAAGAAAAGCCAAGCACAAGUCCACUUUCGUCGACGUGGUCAGUUAAUGUUAACCAAACUGUGAUGAAAGCCUCAAAAUGAAGUGAGAAGACUACCCUCGGGUUCAAGUCAAGAUAAGAUUUUAUCAUGGAGACAUCAUUCAAGUCGCUAACGGGGAUUAUGAUGCUUUUGAUGAGCUUCAGGAAUUAUCAAGUUUCUGGUCACUCAAAUGAAGAGAGCGAGGUACACGGCCAUUGGUUGCUAAAUGGAUCUGAUCCAGAUGUAAGGUAUUUUGGUCCUGUCACGUUUACACAGGGCCGAUUUCGAGGCAGUAAGGUGCCGUACUUUAAUACUACGGAUUCCUACGCAACAGUACCUAACAUGAACAUUUCAGACUGCGAUUUCACUAUUGCGUGUUGGAUAAGAGUACGUCCUAGUGGCCGUGGUGUCGCAUUCGUCACUUCCAUCAUCUUCUGGUCAAUCAGCGUCAGAGGAAACCCGCUUUCCUUAACAUUGUCAAAGUAUGUUGAACACGGUGGAAUCUCUUUCGUUUUGAAGCAAAUGUUCCGUCCUCUGAACUAUACAAGUGCUAUUUCCACUACGCGGAAAAUUCCCUUUGAUGAGUGGACGCAUAUAGCUGCAACCUGUCAGGAAAAUAGGAUCCGAAUGUACGUGAACGGUGACCAACAAAGAUCAUACGUAAGGAACAUACCUUUCCCAAUAACCGAUGACUUUUCAACUGAUAUGUCUUCUGAAGAGUUGAAGUCGUAUUAUAUUGGAAAAGAUCCUCGGAAAGAAUUCUUCAGCAGUAGGAAGUUCUAUGGGUCAGUUAUGGAUCUCCAUGUCAUUGGAGUUACUUUGUCUUCUGCUGAAAUCUCCGACUUAUACUGCGAUAUCCCGCGGAUCAUAAACCAUACAGACGAAGUAAGUGGAAGCACUGUUCGGGUCACGUGGGAGCAGCCAUCUUGCUCGGUUGUAAAUUCGAAGAACGUUAUUUUUUACAGAGAAGUAACCAGAACAAGUAGGGGAAAGUGGAAUACAGUCAAUGUGUCGCAGGAUGCAACUCACUACAAUGUUCAGUUAGAAUGCUUCAAGGAAUACCAGUUAGCAGUUUCCACUUGGUACGCUAAUGCACGGCUUCCCAGUAAACUAUGGAAGGUCAAGACCGGAAUAGGCCAACUGCCACCUCCCGUAAUUAACAACAAAGAAAAGGAAAUAAAUAGCUGCAAGGUGAACACCACAUGGAGUCCUCCAAGGAAUAUUAAAUGUCCUCUAUCGAUGUACAUAAUACACUACAGAAAAGUGCCUUCACUCGGUCAUGAAGCUGACUGGAUGCAAAUCAGAGUUACCAAUAUUACAAACACAUUUCAUCUUGUCCAACUUGAUUGUGGCACACAGUACGAAAUUCAAAUGACUGUUGCCAAUGAACUUGGUGAAAGUAACAUGUCAAACUCUUGGCGAGUUAAAACAAAGUCAGACGUAAAAGGUAGGUAUGUUUUAAGUAUUUUUUGGGGGGGCUCUUUUUCUGUCCUUGUUUUUCCCAAAAGAAUGCAGUGGAAAGAGUACAUGUAAGCCGAGAGCUUUCUUCUUUGCUUGAGUUCUGAGGCUUUCAUAUCAACCACUUCAUUUAUGUUAUUAAUCAGUACUUUUUUAGACAGAAGGAAGAAUUCCAGAUAUGUGUAGAAAUGUACUCUUAUCAAUGUCGUAAAUGGGGUGGUUGAGAGAAGCGGGGAGGGGAUGGUGGUGGAGUAUGGAUGAAAACAGAGGAAUUAUUGAAUAACUGAAUGACUGAUUGAUUGAUUAAUUGAUUGAUUGAUUGAUUGAUUGAUUG